AUGAGCGAUUCCCCAGGCGUGGAGUGGCUCCCUGCGUUUAGCCCUGGCCCGCCACGCCACAGUCCGCUAGGCCCCAUCCCGCGGUUUCUAUACGAAGAUGUGCAGCCUCUGGGUUUGCAGCAAGAGAACAAUAACAAAGAGGCCGACCAGAAAGAGAAUACGAAUAAAAUCAAACACGCGAAGCCCGCGUACAGUUAUGCCAGUAUGAUAAGACUGGCGAUCAGCAGUUCCCCAAAUGGCAAGAUGACACUGAACGAGAUCUACACAUACAUAUGCAAUGCCUUCCCCUAUUACAAAGAAGCUGGCAAAGGUUGGAUGAAUUCAAUACGGCAUAACUUAUCCCUGAACAAAUGCUUCAUGAAAGUGGCUCGCAGUAAAGACGAUCCAGGGAAGGGCUCCUAUUGGGCGAUGGACACCAGCUACAAAAUGGCGGAGGUCGCGCCUAGAAGACGCAGGAGUCUUAGGAUGGCCCCGUACAGCCCGGAGUGCAGCUCCAACAGUAGCGGCGAGGCGGGCGGCGCGGGCGCAGCCGGGGCCGACGCCGCGCCCACCCCGCCCGCCACGCCCACCACGCCCACCUCGCCCACCGUGCCCGGCGCCGUCAAGGAAGAACCUGUCGUCAAAGAAGAAUCAGAUUCGAAGCACACAGAUGACGCGCUGUCUGCACUGAUGAACGAGGAGCUGAUGACUGACGUCGACAUAAGUAGCGAGCGGUCGUGGUGUGACGGGGGGCGGCGCCAUGUAUGCGGAGCGCUGCGUCACAGUUCGCUGACUGAUGACUACGGGAACUUUGUCGUCACGCGGUACGACUGCGACUGUCCCGCAGACCCCGAGCCCACUACUGUGGGGGCUGGGACUGGGGCCGGGGUGGUGGGACCCGAGAUAGCUGCGCCGCUGACCCCGCUGACCCCGUUGACCCCGCUGACCCCGGCGUACGUGCCGCUGCCGUACUGGAACUCGGAGAGUUUAUAA